UGAAUUGAUGGUGGGGGCAGCGGCUGGGGGUCGGGGGCUCAGCCAUGGCUUCGGUUUGGAUUUUAACUUUAGCCAUCGGGGUCUCCGUUCACAGAGUGGUGUGUGGUCCGCGGUUCUCUCAGGAGCCGGCUGAUCAGUCGGUUGUUUUGGGCGAGCGAGUUGUGUUGAGCUGUGUGGUGUUUAACUACACCGGCAUCGUCCAGUGGACCAAAGACGGACUAGCGCUGGGCAUCGGAGAAGAUCUGAGGGCAUGGCCUCGGUACCGUGUGUUGAGGAUAGUGGAUGUUGGUCAGUAUAAUCUGGAGAUUUCCUCGUCCGAGCUGUCGGAUGACUCCCUGUAUGAGUGCCAGGCCACUGAAGCUGCUCUCCGCUCCAGAAGAGCCAAACUCACCGUCCUCAUCCCUCCUGAUGAUCCGGUGAUAGAAGGAGCUCCGGAGAUUCUGCUGAUGGCUGGAGUUCCCUAUAACCUGACCUGUGUUUCCCGAGGAGCCAAACCUCUCUCUACUAUAGAGUGGUACAAAGAUGGAGUUAUAGUGGAUGGAGCACACACUAGCACUGAGGUGUUAGCCGACAGGAAGCGAGUGACCACGCGAAGCUUUCUGCCCAUUCAGCCGGUGGACACGGACACCGGACGCAACUUCUCCUGCGUGGCCUCUAACCUGGCCGUACCGCUGGGCAAACGAGCCACCAUCACACUCAACGUUCACCAUGCCCCCACGGUUCUACUAUCAAUCUCCCCUCGUUCUGUUCUAGAGGGAGAGAGGGUUACGUUUACCUGCCAAGCCACCGCCAACCCUCCAGUCAUGGGAUACAGGUGGGCUAAAGGUGGAGUAAUUCUGGAGGGAGCGAGGGAGAGUGUGUUUGUGACGACAGCAGAUCACUCCUUCUUCACCGAGCCCGUUUCCUGUCAGGUGUUUAAUGCGGUGGGCAGCACCAACGUCAGCAUACUGGUGGACGUACAUUUUGGUCCGAUCCUGGUGGUGGAGCCGAGGCCGGUGACGGUGGACGUGGACUCUGAUGUCACUCUAAACUGUAAAUGGGCAGGAAAUCCUCCUCUGACCCUCACCUGGACCAAGAAAGGCUCCAGUAUGGUUCUGAGUAAUAAUAAUCAGCUGUAUCUGAAGUCAGUGAGUCAGGCUGAUGCAGGGCAGUAUGUGUGUAAAGCCAUCGUGCCCAGGAUUGGUGUUGGGGAGACGGAGGUGACGCUCACAGUGAACGGUCCACCAAUCAUUUCCAGUGAACCGGUCCAGUACGCUGUGAGGGGUGAGAAGGGGGAGAUCAAAUGCUACAUUGCCAGCACCCCUCCCCCAGACAAAAUCGUGUGGGCGUGGAAGGAGAACGUGUGGGAGAAGGAGAGGGGGACCCUGCUGGAGAGGUAUACAGUAGAGCAGAGUAAGCCAGUGUCACAAGGGGGCGCCGUUCUCUCCACACUGACCAUCAACAACGUCAUGGAGUCCGACUUUCAGUCCACCUACAACUGCACUGCCUGGAACUCAUUCGGACCCGGAACCAUGAUCAUCACACUAGCAGAGACUGAUAUAGUGCCUGUGGGAAUAAUAGCAGGUGGAACAGUCGGAUCCUCCAUGCUGCUGAUCCUCUGUCUGCUGGCUCUGGCCUUCUACAUCUACCGCCAGAGAAAAAGCAGUCGUCGUGGGGUCGCACUGAAGCCGGACAUCAAGGUUGAGACAGUCAACAAAGAGACGCACAGCCUGGAGGAAGACUCGGCCAGCGUCUCCACCGCCACGCGCAUGUUUCUUCCCUCUGUCUCCCUCUCUCCCUCCACUCAGCCCUUCAAAGACGACAUGGACCUGAAGCAGGAGGUGCGCAGCGAAACGCAGGAGACGAAAGAGGAGUACGAGCUGAAGCGAGAAGAGCCCGUCAACAUAACCGAGCAGGACCCCACGAACGGAUAUUACAACGUCCGAGCGACGACCCACGAGGAGAUCCGGCCAGGGUCUCGCGCAGUGCUUUACCAGGAGUUCCGGCCUCCAAACCCCGCCUCCGUAACCGGACCACCGGCCGGCAUCAAGCCCAACCCCCUCGCCCCCAUCGGCCGCUACGAGCCACGCCCGCCCUCCCGGAUUGCCCACAACACCUACGCCCAUUUCAACACCAUAGCCAGGACCAAACAGAGCCAUGUGCCCCCCAACCCUCCGCCUCAGACCACAGACUAUUCCCGAGAAUGUGGCCUGCUGGAGUCCACCAAUCAGCUCGCCUACGACAGCUACGGCUACCCAACCACGGCCCAGUACUCUCAGUACAGGCUGGGCUUCGCCCCGCCCCUGGAGGAAGGCCCAGCCUACGAGAUGUACCCCACAGGACAGGGGGUGGGGGUGGGGGUGAGUCAGGCGGCGGGGGCAGACCCUGCGUUAGGAAAAUACGGGAGCUCGACGCGCUUCUCCUACUCGUCUCCUCAAACGGAAUACUCUCAAAGACACACCCAGAGAAUGCAGACGCAUGUGUGAGUGUGUGACGGACCUGCUGACACACACAUGCGUUCGCCUUCGCUGAGCGCCAGAAAAGAGCAAAAAAAAAGAUCAUCUUUUUAAUUAUCAAAGAAGAAAAGAAAAAAUCAUGAACUUCGCAGUAACCAGUCGGUAUGGGACACUGUAGGGGUGUAAACCUCUGACCUCAUAAUGAUUCAGUCCUUUAGGAGACGAUUCACUGCAUCCAACUCCAUUUGAACUUUAACAGAAAUCACUUCAAUGAUUCAGUCUCAAUUCAGUUAUUAAAAAAAAAACACAAUAUACAAACAACUGCACAAAAUUAGCGAAUUCACAAUUUAUCCAAUGUAGGGCAUAAAAACAGCCUUCACAUAACAGACUUCAUGGUACACUUGUAUAGUAUAGAUAUGUGCAAAAAUUGCAAAGUGUUUUAGUGUUUUUAGGGAACUUAGUUGAUCUUUUUAUUUCUUAAAACAUAAAAUAGUUCCCACUAUUUCCCAGUGUUCAACCUCCCUCACAAGAUAACACCUCACAACCUAUACAGAUGUGGGCAUUUCCAAGCCGUCCCUUAAGAUUAAGGUUAGGGACUUCAUGAACAGUUUACAGUACAUACUGCUGUCCCAUGAUUUUUGGCCUUAAACUAAAACUACUGAUACUGACAGGGCUGAUUUUUGCAGUACUGAAUGCAGUUGAAUCGUAACCUGUGGACUGAUGUAAUUUUACACCCCUAUGGUACACCAGCUAAUUUCACUGAUUAGUUUUCCAUACUCACACACACACACUCACACACACACACACACACUGCAGCGUCCACAAGUAUCCUGAUAUAUUUUUUUUUUAUAUAUAUAUAUUAUUACAUUUUUAUGGUUGAGAUGUUUAAUCUCAAUUUUCUCACCACUCCCUCUGUAGUGCACUAUGCAAAUGAGGAAGUUACAGAUCCCACAUUCUGGUAAUAGAACAGUACUAUACACUAUUUAUACACUAUGUGGGAAUCUGAAAUUUAAAGCUAUCUUUGUGGAGAAACUGCCGUUUUAUGACUUAUUUACAGUAGUUCACUCUACAGGGAGUUUAGUUUUCUUUGUAUACACAAAAACACCGAAAACAGAGCUUUCACAAUCUGUAUUUAGAAGAGAAAAACACACAAACCUCAUUUUUUGUCCAAAAAAAAAUAAAUGGAUACGUGUGGACGAAGCCUUAAUAUACACACACUCACACACAGUGAUUUUGAACCUUUUUGUAUCAUGUCUCUAUUGUGUGACGUCCCUCGACAUUAUUAUUACAGUGCCAAACGUGAAGAAGGAGAACGGCGUGAACACAGAAUAAAAGAUACGGAAGGAGAAAACGUUCGAGAGGAGCGAACCUGCCGAUUCAACCUCAACCUCAUAUCCUCUUCUCCAUUACCCCCAGCAUUACCCCCCCCCCUCACACAUCUCUCUGUGUAAAUAUAUUCAGAAGAAGGGUGAAAGGGCACAAGCAGUGCUUUUUAAGAAUCAGUGCCCCCCCCCCCCCCCCAAUCGUACACGGCUGCUUUAAUGAGCCACUCUGCUGGAAACAAGCAAUAGGACGCUCGUUCUCUAGAGGGAUUAUCUUCAGAAGUUCACUCUCCUUCACCCUUCCUGAGAAACAGCCAAUGGGAACCUGCAGAUGGAGCCUGUAUUGAACAGUGAACCCAGUUUGCAUCACUGGAGUGUGUGUGUGUGUGUGUGUGUAUGUGUGGGGGAAGGCCUGAAUACACCAAAUAGGUUGUUCUUGAAUGCAACGCAAUGAGAAAUUGUCGUUGUCGUACCUCAACAGAUGCUGAAUGUUUGGAAAAUGAAAGGAAAACAUCAAACAAUCAAAAAAAAAGAAAAAAAAAAAGAAAAGUAAAAGAAACAGUUGCUGCUGCCCCAUCAAAUGAUCACCUCCACUGUGGCACUAACCAAGAAAAUGACAUCACGACCUCUACAUCGAACUGGCAGCUGCUGCACAGUUUUUCUUAGAAGAACGCUAAAGGUGGAUGCCAGUCUUUGGUGUAUCUAAAGCCCUUUCACACAUCAACAUAAAAAACAGAGCGUAUUUGGCCACUGAAGCGUAUUUAUACGUGAACAUGUUUGAAUAUGUUUAGAUCAGACAGACUUUAUCCUGCCAGCCCUGUGGUCAUAAUGUUCUAAUAUUUGAGUAAUGUCCAAACAAGCCCAUGUUUACACAAUUUUAAACAUUUUAAAGCAAUUCAGCAAUUCAUUUUGGGGAUAAAAUACAGUGGGCGUGUUUAAAGAGUACUGUUUGCGUCAUUCCAUGGCUCCAACACGCACUACACAGGCUCCGCCCCUCCUCUAAACCACACAAACGCAGUGUUUUCUGUAGUGAAAGUGCAAAAAUGCAUCUAAAACGAAGAAUUCCCAUCUUUUACACUACAGGUGUGAAAGGGCAACUCCAGAUAAAGUGAAAACGGCAGAAGUGAGGUUUGAUUGAUUCACUUUAAAGUCGUAAACCAAGACUAGCUUUCUUCACGUAUAGAAUUACGACUUAUUACGACGAUUUCCCAAUCCUGGUCCUGUGCUAACAGAUUUAACAGUUGAAAUUUUCCCUUUUUCUUCAUAUAUAUAUAUACACAAGAAAUUACCUAAAAGGACACGUUUUUAAUCCAUUAAUAGUGGAGACAUACUUUCACUGAACAUUUUAUUUAGACUACCCGUACAACUACUUCUUAACACAUCCAGCUUAAAAGGAUGGUUCAUUUUUAAUUAUUAAUGGUUUUAUUAAUCCAGUAAUUGCUUAAUUUUGCACAUUUUGGAGUGGAGUUUUCAGUUGUAGACCACUUCAGCUUCCAAAUAUAUCAGCCAAGAACAGAAGGCUGAGGCUGCAGUGACUCACAGCACAGGUUUACCAUCAUUUGACACUCCCUAAAAACGAGUUUUUAACUCUUAUUUAUAGCUUUGCAGGUGUGGGGAAUUCCAAACAACACUUUAAGACCAGUUUACAUACUGCUAUCUAUGUUAGAGAGUUAGUUUGAGUGAAUUGAGUUGAAUUAAUGAAUUGAGGGCUGUUGUUGGGAACAGUGCAGCAGGAGGAACUCAUACACGUACCCCAGGACUGGGAUUGGGAAAUAUGGAUUUUUUUUAAGUGGAAUUUUUAAGGAGAAGUUGGCCUUGUGUGUGUGUGUGUGUGUGUGUGUGUGUGAGGGAACAGCGUAAUCGAGUCCGAUCCUCUCGCUCUGAAAACGUGGACUUCACUGGGGAUUUGGGAUUUUUCAUACUUGGUACUCAAAGAGUAUCAAAGAAGAGGCAGAAACCUCCCUUCUAUAAAACAAACAAACAAACAAACAAAUAACCUCGCCCACGUUUGCUCGUUAAGCGCUUCUGAGUGAGGGAUUGCACACGGAGUGCACAUCCUAGACGGGAACUUUUCAAUCGUUUCUAUUUGUAUCGUCUUCUUGUCCAGCAUCAUGUAUCUGCCCCUCUCUCUGAAGUAGAAUAGUGGUCUUUUCCACAUUUGUAUUUGAACUUAGAAUAUGGCAUUUGAAAGCAUUUUUAUGAUAUUUUUAUAUUUAAAAAAAGAGAAAAGAAGAAGAAGAAACAGACCAGUGGUUCUGAAACCAUGCGUGUGGAAAGUCUGUUUGUUUCAUUGUUGAUGUGAAUUGUUUGUACCUUUGUACAGUUCAUUUGGACCACACGGCGUCCACACAGUGUCAAAACAAGACUAAAAACUCCUUUUUCAGACUAAACGCAGUGGAGAUCUUGCAUUCUAAGGUACCACCACUGGUGGACAUCUUCUUUAUGCAAAGAUUAGUGCACGCUUUUGUAACGUCCGAGUUGAACACUUGUAUAAACCGUAGUUAGGCUGGGGUUAAAAUCUUCAGUAUUGGCUCUGAUACACGUUUGACACUAAUGAAUGAUGCCUUUCCUGAUGCACAGGAAACCCACAGAACAUUACCAUUUCUGACGAGGUCUGAUGUGAUCUGUUUCCCCAUCACGCCCUCAUUAGGGAAUAGAUUUCACAUCACAGGACGCUGACAGAGUUCCAGAUUUCAGACGGGUAAAACGGGCCUUAAAUAAAGUAGCAGAAGCAAAAUCUAGAACAGUGGGCUUUUAGAAAGAUUGGGAAUUAUUUAAAAGAUUACAUUUUAAUAUAAGAGGACGUAUUUCUGCUGUAUUUCGGCUUUGAUAAGUCUGUAAGUGGAACUGAAGAGAAUGGUGCAGAAUGCAAUGCUUCAAAUUCAUUUGGGGUGCGUCCCAAUUGUGAACUAAUUACUUAUACUGACUAGUUUUUGAGUGUGUACACUGUACUAAAACAAUCUUUAAAAACAUUACAUUAAAUUACAUUUUUUAUAAAUUACAAAACUGUUCCUAUUUACCUGUUGAAAUAAAAACAUUUACUUUUUAUAGAAAGGAAAAACUGUACAUUUACCGCACACUGAAGUCAGCUACCAUUUGAACACACGCUACUGAACUCUCACCUACAGUACAGGCCAAAAGUUUGGACACACCUUCUCAUUCAGUGCGUUUUCUUUAUUUUCAUGACUGUUUACAUUGUAGAUUCUCACUGAAGCAUCAAAACUAUGAAUGAACACAUGGAGUUUUGUACUUAUGGCCUCCACAGGCACCGGACCUGAACCCUAUCCAGAUGGUUUGGGGUGAGUGAAGGCAAAGGGGGCAACAAGUGCUAAACACCUCUGGGAACUCCUUCAAGACUGUUGGAAAACCAUUUCAGGUGACCACCUCUUGAAGCUCAUUGAGUACAUAACUUCACAUUCAGUGAGAAUCUACAAUGUAAAUGGUCAUGAAAAAAAAAAAAAACAUUGAAAAAGAGAAGGUGUGUCCAGACUUUCGGCCUGUACUGGAUAUGUAAAUGAUUCUCAAUCCUAAUGCUAACCUUAACCCUAAAUCUAAAUCAACCCUAAAACCCAACCCUGAUCCUAACAUUAACCUAAAACCCUAAACCUAAUGCCUAUAGAUUGGGGUAUAGGGUGUAGGAUUAGGUGUAAGGUUACUUUCACUUGAUAAUAAAACACAGUGGAUCGACACCCACAGAUGACAGACAUGACUCUCCAAACCAUCACUGAUCAUCAGUACAUUUUACAUUUCAUUUAAAGUAAAUGAAGGGAUCAGAGUCUGGAGGAAGAGUGGAGAGACACACAGUCCAAACUGCUCGAGGUCUAGUGUGAAGUUUCCACCAAUCAGUGAUGGUUUGGAGAGACAUGCUGAUCAUCUGCUGGUGUUGAUCCACUGUGUUUUAUUAUCAAGUUUAAAGUCAAAAUCUUACAGCAUUCUUCAUUCUUCCCUCUGCUGACAACUUUUAUAGAGAUGCAGAUUUCAUUUUCCAGCAGGACUUGGCACACUGCCCACACUGCCAAAAAUUAUAAUCAUCAACAAUAAAAUAAAUAAACGCUUAAAAUAGAUCACUCUGUUUUUAAUACAUCUACAUAAUAUAUGACUUCUGGGAUGAAUUACUGGAAAUUUCAAUGAUAUUGAAUUUUAUUGAGAUGCAGUGAUCUAAGUAAAGUGUUACUGUAAGUAUUUCUACAUUCUAACCCACUAAACCCACAAUAUUAAGAUUAGUAUACAGUCUGUACUUCACAGUGUGAUGCAGUUGGGACGCAGCCUUAUGCCGGUUGUUUUAAAGCUGGUGACCUUUAACCCCUUUAUUAUUGAAUUCUCUAGUGCUAUAAACACGAAAAUAAGACGGUUCAUUAACUCUCAAGUUUUGUCUUGAAAAGACACUGAAAUCUGGGUUUAAUAUGGCGACACUUUUCUCUUUUUCGCAAAUGGAAACAAGUUAAAUCUUCAGCGGUGAGGAGACUGGGAUCAGUGGGAUGAUUACUGAAUGAAUGUGCAAUACCCUUGGGGUUUGUGUGAGUGUGUGUGUGUGUGUGUGUGUGUGAGCAUUGUUGUGUGAAUGACCCUCUCCCACACCCAGUUACUGUAUCUAUUUUACUCCUGUUAUAAAAAAAAGAAUAUUUAGUAUUAUUGUGUUUCUAUUGGGUCUUUUACUCGUCAUUGUGUAUUUUAUAGUUUUAUUCAUCUUUUAAACAUGUACAUAAAAUAAAAUUAUAUUAUUCAUAAUUGUUCGAUCCCCUAAUCUUAUUUUACACAAGAUUUUUUUAAUUGUGUGUGAUUAUUUUUCCACAUUAUUAUUGAAUAAAUACACCUCUUUCAUAGUAA